CUUGAUCUAGCUCAUCGGGAGCCUCGUAUUAAAAGGGAUUAAAUACAGAAUAAUUGUCAACUUACAAGAAACCUAAAACGAAUUAAAAUGAAUUCGUACAGAAGUAUUUGACGAAAACAAAACCGUUCAGAUAAGGAAUUAAAAGUUUUGUUUUAAAUGUUGAUGAACACAUCAUGAUUUAUAUACAGAAAGUGAUAUAUAGAACAAUAAGCAUUGCGGCUUAUGACGUUGACUUGUUGGACUAUAUUUAAAGGUCAAGGACGAAAUGGAUCUUGACUUGACACGAUGUUUUUGGUGUGAUUCUAUGUACUAAAAGUGACAGGAAUUUUGUUUAUAUAUGUCAAAAGAAAUAUUGGAAUUAUGUAUAACCGAAAGCAAUUUGUCAGGAUGCCUCUCAGGGACACCUACAAGGUCCAACUCAAGCGAGUGAAGGAUGGAAUAGAUAAGGAGCGAGUAAAGAUCCCUAGAGCCCCUCCGAAAGAAGGUUAUAAGCCGUUUAUAUGGAACAGUUUAGAGGGUUACUAUGACACGUCAGUGCCGGAAUACGUCAUCAACUGCCCAAAGGAGGAUAUGCAGCCGCAGGUGCCUUAUAGCUGGGUCGACAAGGAUUUUGACGACUCCCUCAUUGAUGUUUCUACUCGGAAAACCACAUUGAGGCUGGUUGAUCCCCUGGAGGAUUUCAACAUGGCCAAAGAGAUCCUCCCAAAGUUACGCGACAGCAGACCGUCCACAAAGAACUCUAAUUUCCGGUCAAGUCAAAGAGGAAGUCGACCACCCACCAACGAUUCGGCCGAUAGACAGAGGAUUUGGGAAAACAUCAAUUUGAAAUUGCCGAAGGUGUCUCCAGAAAGAGGAAGAGACACCGCUAGAACCGCACAAAACGGUGAAGAGGAAAACCAAGGUCAAGUCAGACGACCCCAGUCUUACAGCCAACUAACGGAAGAAAACAUAAAAGAGGCAAAUACACAACAAGAGAAUAAAAAGGACCCAGAAACAAAAGUCAAGCUGCCAAGAAAUCUAUCAGCGAAUUCAAAAAGACGAGAAAGAAGUCCAUACCGAACGGCUUAUAACGAGGCUGCCCUUCGGACCUCGGUCUCACAGCAUCAAAGUAGGCAUGCGCAUAGACAGAAAUCCUCGAAGACAUAUUCAUCAAGGACGAGUUAUUCUCCAGAGAGAGGGAGAAUUCUACUUCCGGAGAUUCAUAAAGUAGAAUUUGAUGUCGUAAAUGAUAAUGCUACAAAGGAAUUCCCCUACAGCGGGGUACCCACUUUCAGAGAGAAGAUGCAUCGGCAGUAUGACAUAGACGCCCCAAAACGAGUUGACGAAGACUACAAGAAAACAAAGAAAGAUUUCUACUUAAUGAAACUACACAAAUUAUCGGAAGUCCAUCCAUCAAAUAGAUCGGGCAUGCGCAAAGCAUAUUUUGCAUACCUUCAAAAUAACCCCGGGUCGAAAAAGGCAGUGAAGGAUUGCGUCAAUCAGCUUGUAUCAGAUGAACCCCAUUUAAAAAGUACAACUCCAAGAACCUCGUCGACUUCCCCUGUUCGGACCGGUGCAAACUAAACAGCCUAUUAACGGUGAAUAUCAAGCAGCCUACUGCAUGUUAGUGGUAAAUAAAUAGGCGGACACCUUACAUUUUGGAAGGGAGUUAUAAGGAUCUUCCUUUUCUCCACUUUUGCAGCAUCCAACUUUGGCAGAUUACCAUAAAACAUUUACUUCCCGAAGAUAUCGGCAUUAACGUAGGAAAAAUAACUAGUAAGUUAUCCCAAACCGCAGUAAACACGCCCAAAAAAUGACACUGUUUACAAACUCAACAGAGUUGUAGGAUUCAUCUCAACUGGAAUCUUAAAAGUGUACAAAUUGUCUGUUUAUCAGAAAUGAACUAAGAUAUUUGCAAUUACUGGUAGGAAGUUGGGUUUCAAAUCUAAGAUCCAAUUAAAACAUGUGAAAUAAAAAUAGAAACACAUGCAUGCAUUUCUUCUAAAGACAUUAAAUUGUAACAUUGUGUUUAUGCAUCAAGUUGUUAUGUUCUAUAUUGAAGAAUAUAAGAGUACUUAAAUUUUAAAUUUUAAAUUUUUGACUCAUUCGAAUAUUUAUUGUUACUUUACGUGAAGUGAAAAACAAAUCGCAAGAUUUAACACGAUGGUAUGAUUUUAUUAACCACUAGGCUCAUCUAUAAAACUACGAAAUAUUAUUCUCGAAAUACAUUAGGUGCAUACGUUAUUUUUCUUGCAGUGAUGUCAUAUUUGAUUAACUUUGUGUUAAAUAGUUAAUUUGUUAGUCAAGCAUUUUUUUCCGUGUAUGAUAUUAUGUUGCA